AUGUCCAAUUCGGAAAUGCUCGCUUCACUUGUCGAGGACACAGUCCUGCGUGCCGACGGCCACUGGUGCGGUGAGCUCAAAUCUAACGCAACCAUCACAUCCGAGUACGUUUUUCUACGGUAUGCUCUAGGUCUGGACCUGAAAGCCGAUGGCCCUGCAUAUACCCGUUGGCUUCUAUCCGACCAAAAUCCCGACGGCUCCUGGGGACUGGCACCAGACAUUCCUGGAGAUGUCUCAGCCACAACAGAGGCAUACUUGGCCUUGAAGAUACUGGGUACCAAUACCGAUUCUCCGCCCAUGCAACGAGCGAGGGCGUUUGUGCUUCAGGCUGGGGGAGUGGCUGCUGUCCGGGUGUUCACUCGCAUAUUCCUGGCUACUUUCGGGCUAUUCCCAUGGAACGCAGUUCCACAAAUUCCCGUGGAGCUUGUUCUUUUGCCUUCUUCAUCACCCAUCAAUAUUUUCAAACUGGCUUCGUGGGCCCGAGGAACAAUCGCUCCGUUGUUGCUCAUAUGCCACCAUCAGCCGGUGUAUGCACUACCAAACGGUCAUUCGGCGACAAACGACUAUCUCAACGAACUGUGGCAGGACAGCACCAAUAAGAGCGUGUCCUAUGGCAAGUCACUUUGGAGCCUGGCAUGCGACCGUGACAUGGCCGGGUUAGCAUUUACCGUCGUUGACAAAAUCUUAUAUCAACUCGGUGGACUGCGCUCGGUACCGUUCGUACGAACUUAUGCGCGCCGCAAAUGCGUAAAAUGGAUCCUCGACCGACAGGAAACCUCCGGUGACUGGGGUGGAAUCUUUCCUCCGAUGCACGCAAGCAUGUACGCUCUGAUGCUGGAAGGUUACCGUCUAGACGACGAGCCAGUGCGUCUUGGCUUCGAAGCUCUAGAGCGUUUCGCCUGGCAAGACAAUCAAGGCAAGCGGAUCCAAGCUUGCGUCUCCCCUGUUUGGGACACGGCUCUGAUGACCGUCGGACUAUGUGAUAUUGCAUUCACUGAUAAAGAACUUCUCGACCGAGCGAUAAGCUGGAUAAAACGUCGUCAGAUUCUUGACCUGCGCGGUGACUGGCGCGUAUACCGUCCGAAUCUCGCUCCAGGCGGCUUUAGCUUUGAGUACGAUAACACCUGGUACCCCGACGUAGACGACACCGCCGCCAUAAUUCUCGCACAAAUCAAACAAGACCCGAAAUCCGUGUCUUCAUUCUCAGUGAUGCAAGCCACAAAAUGGAUAUUGGGAAUGCAAAACCCCGAUGGAGGGUGGGCUGCUUUCGAUGUGGAGAACGACAAGUUGUUCCUUAACAAAAUCCCAUUCAGUGACAUGGACAGUCUCUGCGAUACUUCCUGCCCUGACAUUACAGGUCGCAUUCUCGAAGCGUUCGGAUUGCUGAUGCAAACUCCGGACAAGACCAAUACAGUUAUGCAUAUUUACCCUCAGCUCCGUCUAGCUUGUCAUCGCGCGAUUGGCUAUCUUGCCUCCACCCAAGAGUCAAAUGGAAGCUGGUUCGGCCGGUGGGGAUGCAAUUAUAUCUAUGGCACGUCACACGCAUUGUGUGGUUUGGCGUAUCAUAGUAAUCAGGACAAGCGCGUUCACGAGAUGGUUGAACCUGCGCUUGAGUGGUUGCAAUCCAUACAGAACGAGGAUGGCGGAUGGGGCGAGUCGCUGCUCACGUACAAGACUCCAGAAAUGCCAAUCAAGGGACACAGGUCCACUGCAGCACAGACUGCAUGGGCUCUGAUGGCCCUGUUGGCAUAUCAGCCACACACGGAUGAGAUGGUAGAGCUAGGAGUCAGGCAUCUUGUUGAGUCACUCAACGUGGUCGAUGAGAAUAUGGGAACGUGGACGGAUAAGACAUAUACUGGCACAGGGUUUCCAAAUCAUUUCUAUUUGGGUUACGUGUACUAUGCACACUACUUUCCAAUGAUGGCGCUAGGAAGAUAUAUGAGGAUAUCGAAGGUAUAUGGCUGA